UCCGCCGCUGCCUCCCUCGCGUGCCGCCAUGACGGCCACCACUCCAUCUUCCCUUCCUUUUCAGUUCACCCCCCCGAACCCUCGCGCUUAUUUCUCUCAAAGGCCCUCCCUAAACCCUACCCUUUUCUUUGCGACAAUUACCCCAUCGCCGCCUCAUCCCACCGUUGCAUGCUCCCCCUGACCCCCCACGCUGCCUUGGUGGACCCCUCUCAUGCCUUCCUUUCCGCCGACGAGGACAAGCCCCGCGAUGAGUGCGGCGUCGUCGGUAUCAUUGGCGACCCGGACGCCGCCCAGCUUUGCUCCCUGGCCCUCCACGCCCUCCAGCAUCGAGGCCAGGAGGGCGCCGGCAUCGUUUCCUCCGACGGUUCUUCCCUUCACUCAGCUACCGGCCUCGGCCUCGUCUCUGAGGUCUUUUCCGACCCUGGAACGCUCGCCCCCCUGGUGGGCGAGGCCUCCAUCGGCCACGUCCGUUACUCCACUGCUGGCGCGGCCUCCUCUCUAGCCAACGUCCAGCCUUUCGUCGCUGGCUACCGAUUCGGCAAGCUUGCCGUGGCCCACAACGGCAACCUCGUCAACUACCGCAACCUGCGCUCUGCCCUCGAGUCAAAAGGUUCCAUCUUUAACAGCUCCUCCGAUACCGAGGUGAUCCUCCACCUUAUAGCCACCUCCUCCUCCCGCCCCCUCCUGGCCCGCAUAGUUGAGGCCUGCGAGGCCCUCGAGGGAGCUUACUCCCUCGUCUUCCUCACCGCCAACAAGCUCUUCGCCGUCCGCGACCCCCACGGCUUCCGGCCCCUUGUCAUGGGUCGACGCCGCCCCACCGGUGCUAUUGUUUUCGCCUCCGAAACCUGCGCCCUUGACCUCAUCAAUGCGGCGUUUGUGCGUGAGGUGAACCCUGGGGAGGUCGUUGUAGUAGAUAGUCGCGACAUGAGCAUCACCUCUCUUUGCCUGAUGCCCAGUAAGUCUCGUAAAGCUUGCGUCUUUGAACAUGUUUACUUUGCUCUCCCCAACUCCGUAGUCUUUGGUCACCCUGUCCACUCGUCCCGCUAUUCUUUUGGUGCUGCUCUGGCUCGUGAGUCCCCCGCCCCUAGUGCCGAUAUCGUCAUCCCUGUGCCAGACUCGGGAUUUUUUGCUGCGCUUGGUUUUGCCGAGGCCUCUGGACUCCCUUUCCGGCAGGGUCUUAUCAGGUCCCACUAUGUAGGUCGCACCUUCAUUGAGCCAGAUAAGGAAGGGCGCAAUCUUGCUGUCAAGCUCAAACUUGCACCUGUCCGUGGCAUCCUCGAGGGCAAGAGUGUUGUUGUUGUUGAUGAUUCAAUUGUACGAGGUACAACGUCAUCCAAGAUAGUGCAGCUCAUCAAGACCGCUGGAGGAGCACGGGAAGUCCAUAUGAGGAUUGCUAGUCCACCAAUUGUCGGCUCCUGCUACUAUGGUGUUGACACCCCAAGCUCUGAGGAACUCAUUUCCAAUAGGAUGGAUGUCGAGGGGGUGAGGCAGGAAAUUGGCUGUGAAUCACUUGCCUUUCUUUCACUUGAGAGUCUCAGGGGAGUUUUUGCUGAUGAAGCCCACAUGUUCUGCGAUGCAUGCUUCACUCGGGACUAUCCUGUACCACCGAGGAAUCAGGAGAUCGAACAAUUGGUUGAAGUUUGAGAUUCUCCUUGCUCCAUUUGGUAUUUGCUUAUUUAUCUAAAUUCUCAAUAAAAAUGAGCCUUAAAAUUUUUUUGGCUCAUUAAUUUUUAUCCCUAACUGAAGAUUCUGCUUACUGGCAUAAAAUUUUGGGAGUGCAGGUAGUGUAUGUAGUUGUUUCUUAGCUUAGGCACUUUGCUUUUCUUUUCUUGACUCUUGAGAUCUAAAUCAUCAGUGAGACUUUAUAUGUAUUGGAAGGGUGAUUUGCACUCCCUAUUCGUAUGCUGACAUCUGACUUAUAAUCUGAAGUUACUUGUGUUCUUUGUC